GAUCACAACAAAAUACGAACUAGACGAAACACACGGUUGCUAAUAGAAAAGGCCAGCGAAAACUGAAAAAUCAUACCCCCACUCCACUCAUACAGUCAAAGAGCUAUAGUUAUUGUCGAUUUUGUUGGACAUAGAAAAAAAGUGAAAACUGCGUCUUCUAUCUGAUUUUUCUAAACUUGUCAAAAUCAUGAAGUUCCAAUAUAAGGAAGAACAUGCUUUUGAGAAGCGUCGCGCUGAGGGCGACAAGAUUCGUCGUAAAUAUCCAGAUCGCGUACCCGUGAUUGUAGAGAAGGCACCCAAGGCACGCAUCGGGGAUCUGGACAAGAAGAAGUAUCUGGUGCCAUCGGAUUUGACUGUGGGCCAGUUCUAUUUUCUCAUACGCAAGCGCAUCCAUCUGCGUCCCGAAGAUGCCCUCUUCUUCUUCGUGAACAAUGUCAUUCCACCAACAUCGGCUACCAUGGGCUCCUUGUACCAGGAGCACCACGAGGAGGACUACUUUCUGUACAUAGCCUACUCCGAUGAGAAUGUCUAUGGCACCUACUAAGCUUAAAGGAAAUGGAGAAGAUGAAUUGAACCCCUUAUACAGAAAUCUAUAUAUACAUAUAUAUAAAUAAAUAUAUUUUAUGUUUAGCAUCCAGCUUAUAAAAUACGACGCGAGUUAGCUAAACGAAUGGA